AAGUACUCGAGUAGUGUGUUUACAUUUUACAGGGUUGGAACAUUUUAUUGUGAUCGUAAACAUUAUAGUUGUGUUCGUUAACAGUAAUAAGAUUAUUCAUCUUUAGUUUCGUUAUUCCUAAAAUGUCUUUCUUUAAGAACGUAACUUCUGGAUUUAAUAUUCGCAGUCGCGAAACAAUUCUCAAGGAAUCGUUGAUAAACAAUUUGUCAGAAUGCGUAAAAGACAUACAAUACAAUAGCCAAUUUGAAGAAAAUUUUCACAGUGUCCUUGGUUCUUCUGAUUCAACAAAUACACUUUGCAUGGGAUUGGAAGCUAUUUUUUUACAUGGCUUAAAAGAUACGUUUCUACUAAAAGCUAAAACUGUUAUCUCUGGUGAACUUGAUCGUCCCCAGUCCAGCUUUUGGCCGCUUAUUUUAGUUCUUUCUCAUCGACAGAAUAUUGAUCAAAUUUCGUCAUUACCGCAAAUAAAUACCGAAAUAGGGCAAUGUCGUGCCUGGUUACGAAUAGCCCUUAACGAGUGUCUUUUAUCAUCAUAUAUGGCUACGCUUAUAAAAAACAUAUCAGCUGUUAAGCCUUUUUACAAUAGGAGUGCAUUUGUUUGUGAUUCUGAAGUUUUGGAAGUAGCACAGAAAUUAAUACAAGGUUUAGAAACAUGUGUGCAAUUUAAUCUUCCCAUAAAUUCAAGUCUUCUCAAUCAAUGGCCUGAGCAAGUUCUGAUGCAAGCUGGUAUUUGGGUACCGACUCUGAAGGUAGCACCAAUUUCAGCUGGUCUCGAUGUGGCCAGCACUUUAUCUGAUGAAACUAAACCUAAAUUGGCAUCUACACCUAAUAAAUCUUCAAAUAUUACUGGUUUGGGUAAAAUGUGGGCUCUAAAUGAAGAUGAAGCAUUAGACUUUAUAUUGUCUAAAGAUUCUUCACAAUUCUCUAGUAGAGACAAAGAGACAAAUGUUGUAGAAGCUACAGAAGCUAAACCAGAAAUGGAUAAUACUAAUGUAAAAGAAUCGGAAGAACUUGACUUGAAUGAAGAGCAACAAGAUCAAUCACAGAUUUAUUCUUCAUCAGUUAAUUCGGAAGGGUUUGUGGCCCCAUCUGAUGUUAUUAUAUCAGGAAAUUCUAUUAGUGGCAAAGGCUGGUCAAAUGAUACAAAUGAUGAUAAUGUCUCAAUAAAUUCUAAUUCUUCUCAUGGGAGUAGUAUGAUAAAAACCCCAGAGCUAAAAAGUCUUUCCUCCCUUAUAGACAACUCUAAUUUAUAUGGAGAUAUGAAUACUAACACUCCCAAUUUAAGAGAAAUUAUGAAAGACAUUCAUAAAGAAUUAAAAAUAACUGUGGAAGACAGCAAUGAGUGUAAUUUGAAUGUGGAGAAUGAUACACCAGAAGAUCCAUCACUUCAUAGUUUAGAUUUUGAAAUAGUAUCAAAUUCAACAGGUUCCUUCACAGUCCCUGAAUUACACAAAAUGAUGAAACAAUUAGGACUUUUAUCUAGAGAAAAAGGUCUCGAUAGCCAAAAUUAUCAAUGUAGAGGAUGUCAAGAUCUUUUAGGCAGUACAGUCUCCAAGGCAAAAGUUUGCGGUUUUACUGGGGAAUAUUACUGUUCAAACUGUAUGGAUUCAAAUGUAUUUAUAAUACCAGCAAGAGUUAUUCAUAAUUGGGAUUUCAAAAGAUAUGCUGUCUCAAAAAGGGCAGCGCUUUUCCUCUUGGAAUUUCAACAUCAACCUUGGAUAGACAUGAAAAAACUAAAUCCAAAAAUAUAUAUGGGAGUCUCUGAUAUGGCGCAUUUGCAGGAAUUGAGAAUUCAAUUAAAUUUUCUCAGAGCCUAUAUUUUUACUUGCAGAGAGCCAGUCAUAGAAGAAUUGCAAAAAAGGAUAUGGCCUAGGGAGUAUUUGUAUGAUCAUGUUCAUCUAUACACAAUAUCAGAUCUUGCACAAAUACCAAAUGGUUCUUUGGUUUUGCAAUUGGAAAAAGUUGUAACCCAUGCAAAAACCCAUGUGUUAGACUGUUGGCUGUGUAGUCAGAAAGGUUUCAUCUGUGAGGUAUGCAGAGACCCAAAAAUAUUAUAUCCUUUUGAGACAAGUACAACAUAUAGAUGUGAUGAAUGUUCUAGCGUCUUUCACGCAAAAUGUUUAAAUGAGAAUAUUCCAUGUCCAAAAUGCAAAAGAAAGCAGGAAAGAACCAAUGACUCAUCAUUAGUUGAUGCUCUUCACAGUUUGAUGAUUAAAUAGAAAUAUACCCAUUCACAUUUAUGGAUUGGAUGAGAUAUGCGUUAUUGAAAAGCAAUAAAAGACAGUGUGAAUUGAAUGUAUCUUUUGAUUACAAGUUCAAAUUAAACACAUUGUAGUUUAUUGAGGGGUUGAUGAGAGAUAAAUGCAUUUGUGAUGAAGGUCCCAUUAUAUUACAAUUGUAUUAUUUUAAAACAAAUUUGUUAUUAACAAGCCAUUAACUAUGUAAUCAAAUAUGUAUUGGUGAAUCAAAAUUUUACUUAUAAAAAAAA